AUGGCGCUAAUCACCUUCAAAAUAAAUGGGAAACAAUAUGAAGCCGAUGGUAGAUACAGUCCAGAGGUAUCUCUUAAUGACUAUAUAAGAACUGAAGUAUCACUAAACGGUACUAAGGCCAUGUGCCAUGAGGGUGGCUGUGGGGCCUGCAUCGUGAGUGUCCAAGCCUCUCUCCCGCCUAGCAAUGAAGUUAAGACAUUCGCCGUUAAUUCGUGCCUCGUAUCAAUUCUGUCAUGUCACGGAUGGGAAAUCACGACGGUAGAAGGAAUAGGAAACAAAAUAAUCGGCUAUCAUGAAAUUCAGAGCAGGCUAGCCAAAUUUAACGGUACUCAAUGCGGCUAUUGCACUCCCGGUUGGGUAAUGAACUUUUACAGUCUUUACAUGUCUAAAAAUGGAAACCUAACUGCAGAAGAAAUCGAGAAUUCAUUUUCUGGUAAUAUAUGCAGAUGUACUGGCUAUAGAGCAAUUGCGGAUGCUUUUAAAAGUUUCGCCUCUAAUUCAGGUCAAAGUGUUAACAAAAAACUUAAAGAUAUAGAAGAUUUAGCGAUAUUCAAUACAUGUGGUGUGAAGUGUAAAGAAAAUUGUCAUCAUAAGAAAAUUAACCAUAAUGCUAAUGAUAAUUUCAAAGAUAACGAAUGGUGUAUUCUAAAUAAGGAUGAUAAUGAAACAAGAGUUUUAAAAUCGCAGCGGUAUAUGUGGUCUAAAGUUUAUAGCCUAAAACAGGCGUUUAAAGCUAUGAAACAAUGUGAUAACUAUAAAUUGAUUGCUGGUAAUACUGGACAAGGUGUUUACCACGUCAAAAGUUAUCCAGAUAAUGUUAUUGAUAUAUUCAAUAUCGCUGAACUUAAAGGUCACACGCAAGAUGUAAAUUUAAUACUAGGAGCGGGAACUACUCUCACUGAUAUGGUUGAAAUAUUUUUACGACUCUCAGCUGAAAACGAAGACUUUGCUUAUUUAAAAGAAUUUUAUGACCACGUGGAUUUGGUGGCCCACAUUCCUGUUAAAAAUAUAGGAACGAUCGGUGGGAACUUGUAUCUAAAAUAUUUAAACAAUGAAUUUCAAUCGGACCUUUUUGUUCUGUUUGAAACAGUCGGCGCUAUGGUAACUAUUGCAGCCAGUGUUAAUGACAACAAAAUAAUGACAUUAUUGGACUUUCUAAAUUAUGACAUGAGGCAAAAAAUUAUUUUAAAUAUUGUUCUACCUCCUUUACCAAGCUAUUGCUCCGUUAAAACUUACAAGAUCAUGCCCAGAUCACAGAAUUCUCACGCGGCUGUCAAUGCUGGAUUCUUUUUCAAAUUUCAAAAGAAUAGUCGGAUUUUAGACAACAUAACGAUGGUUUUUGGUGGAAUAUCGUCUCAAUUCACGCACGCCAUUCAGACAGAAACUAUUUUAAAAGAAAAAGAUCCAUUUACGGAUGAAGUCCUGCAAAGAGCACUUAAAACUUUAUAUGACGAAAUGAUUGUAGAAGCGGCGCCAACCGAACCUUCGCAGACAUAUCGAAAAUUACUAGCUGUGUCUUUGUUUUAUAAAUCAAUCCUUCAUCUAUGUCCCGAUGAUAAACUGAACCCCAGGAAUAAAUCUGGUGCAGAAAUCAUAAAAAGAGUAAUAUCACAAGGAACUCAAAUGUACGAAACCGAUAAAACCGUUUGGCCGUUAAAUCAACCGAUACCGAAACUGGAAGCGUUGCUACAAUGCAGUGGUGAAGCGGUAUUCGCAAACGAUUUAACGAAACAGAACGAUGAAGUGUACGGGGCAUUUGUAACUGCCGAUGUUUCUCCUGGAAGUAUUAUCAAAAAAUGUGAUGCAAUUGACGCCUUGAAAGAACCUGGGGUGAUAGCAUUUUAUUCAGCAAAGGAUAUUCCCGGCGAAAACACGUUUACACCUGAACAAAUUCCAUUGACGGCCGAUCGAGAGGAAAUAUUAUGUUCGAAAACUGUUAAGUUCAAUGGACAGCCAGUUGGAAUUAUAGUUGCUAACAAUCAAAAGCUCGCGAAUCGUGUUGCGAAACUUGUAAAAGUUGAAUAUGAAUCGAUUAACACAAAUAAACCACUUUUAACAAUAUCAGAUGUACUUAAAUCGUCUGAAAGAGAGAAAAGGGUGAAAACGUUCAAAAUAAUUGAAUCCACGGAGACUGGGAAGGAUGUGAAAUGUAUUAUUUAUGGGGAAAUAAAUAUGGGGUCUCAGUACCAUUAUUAUAUGGAGACUCAAACGUGUGUGACGGUCCCGAAUGAGGAUGGUAUGGAUGUGUAUGCAGGUACGCAGUGGCUCGAUGCAACUAAUAUAGCUGUGGCAAAUUGUUUAAAUAUACCUGUGAAUAGAGUGAAUGUGAUUGUCCGAAGAGUAGGGGGUGGUUACGGGGGCAAAAUAACAAGAUCGUUACAUGUGGCGUGUGCAGCUGCAAUAGUAUCACAUUUACUAAACAAAACAUGCAGAUUUGUUCUAUCUCUGCAAGAUAAUAUGAAGAUUAUUGGAAAACGAGCGCCCACGUACUGCAACUUUGAGGUGGGCGUGAACAAGCAAGGAGAAAUUCAGUAUUUGAAAAAUAAAUAUUAUCAAGAUUUAGGCUGUGCGGAGAAUGAAGUCGUAGCUGGCAUCACUUUGGGACACAUUGGCAGUUGUUAUACCACCAAGCGAUGGACGAUUGAAGCUUACACUGUGCAUACAGACACGCCUUCCACCACUUGGUGCAGAGCUCCAGGAUCAAUGGAGGGUAUUGUAAUGACUGAAUAUAUAAUGGAGAAAAUUGCUUACACAUUAAAAAAAGAUCCCAUCGAAGUCCGUUUAAUCAACAUGAAAAAAGACGACAAUCCGUUACCAGAUUUAAUAAAUCAAUUGAAAACGGACGCCGACUUCCACAGCCGGGAGUUAAUUGUGCAGCAAUUUAAUAAAGAGAACAGAUGGAGGAAACGCGGCCUUAAAUUAAUGCCAAUGACUUAUGAAUUAUUUUAUAUCGGUCCGUACAAUGCCUUGGUGUCAAUCUAUCACGCUGAUGGCACUGUAUCUGUAACUCACGGAGCCGUUGAAAUGGGUCAAGGAGUUAACACUAAAGUAGCCCAAGUGUGCGCUCACGUACUUGGCAUUGGUCUCGAUAAAAUUACCAUAAAACCCACUAAUAGUUUUACCUCGCCAAAUUGUAUGGCCACUGGAGCGAGUGUUGGUAGCGAAUGUGUGUCGUAUGCUGCUAUGAAAGCUUGUGAGAUAUUACUAGAAAGGCUUAAACCAUUUAGGGACGAAUUAGAUGAACCAGAAUGGAAGGAUCUCAUACGAAAAGCGCAUUAUUCAGGUGUUGAUUUACAAGCGUCUUAUAUGUAUUCUACUAAUGAACCGGUGAAACCGUACGAUAUAUAUGGAGUAGUGGCUUUAGAAGUGGAAAUUGAUUGUUUGACUGGAAACCAUGAAGUGAAGAGAGUGGACCUUCUUGAAGACACGGGAAGAAGUUUAAGCCCUGAAAUAGAUGUGGCACAAAUUGAAGGAGCAUUUGUAAUGGGAUUGGGCUAUUGGACUUCAGAAAAAUUAAUCUAUGAUAAGAAUACGGGCGAACUUUUGACGACUCGCACUUGGAAUUACAAACCGCCUGGUAUUAAGGAUAUUCCAGCUGACUUCAGGAUCUAUUUUCGGAGAAAUUCGUCGAAUACUUGUGGUGUAUUGCAAUCAAAAGCAACUGGUGAACCCGCCCUUUGCUUAGCUGCAGUGAUAACCCAUGCUUUUCGAGAAGCUAUUUCUUCCGCGCGUCUCGAAGCUGGUUAUCCGGAGCAAUGGGUGGAUAUUGAGUAUCCAUGCACCAUCGAAAACCUAUAUAUGGCUGUUGGACACAAGUUGGAACAUUUUAAGUUAAAAUAA